AUGAUCAACAAGAAAAAACGAACCCUCGAUGUCGCCGUAAUUGGAACGCCUAAUGUCGGAAAGUCUCUCCUUACCAAUCAGAUUGUGAGAGCCACCGUUUCCGCUGUUAGCUCGAAAAUGGACACAACAACAAAGAAUAAUGAAGCAAUCGUUACCGACGAUGACGUCCAGAUGUGUGUUCGAAUCAACGACCAAGCGCUACAGGCAAUUUGUUAUCGCCUAAAAUCUCUAUGCGCUCUUCAUGUGAGCCAAUUGCUUAUACUCAACGAUAAGAAUCUGGCGAAAUUGGUCAACUCACUAAAAAGCCUGCAAGAACUAGCCAUAAUUUCACACCCAAAUACCAAAUAUGAAGGUUUAACUGGGUACGGGCUUUCCGUGAUUGAGAAUUUGCCGCUCAAAACUCUGCUUAUCGAUGGCCUAUCGGCUGCCACAGAUCAACUCCUUGGAUCAAUAUCUCGAGUCAACGAGAAUAAAAUUUCGAAGACUCUUGAGAAUCUAUCUAUCGCUUUCUGUUUCAACAUUGAAAUACACGGGUUAAAACGACUUGCUGCUUUGCCAAAUUUGAAAAACAUAAACUUUGACGGAUUCAAGAAACGAGAUGUCUUAUUGGGGAUUGAAGAGUUGGCGGCUUCUGGCCAUUUAGUCAGACUUUUGCUAGCCGAGGAAACAAAUAUUUCGGCCGAAUCACUUGUGAAAAUUGUCGAGAAACCGCCAAAUCUUCGAUUGUUGGAUUUAACGAACAAUUCACAAGCAUUGAGCGCUGAAGCAGCCGAAAAAUGGAUUACGUUAUGUGAAGCUUCGAAGCGGCCACCUCUUUAUGUGUUGACGAGUGACCAUUUGAUGUGGAAUAAUGUGCAUCCAUCGCAAACGGAUGAAUAUGGACGGAUGAGUGUGCAAAUUCUUCACUCAUGCCCACAGAUGAUUAACCCUGAAGAAAUCUCUCCUUCAACGGCACUUUCAUUUGAAUCACCAUUUUCUCUACCAAAAGGAAUUUUACUGGCGGGUCUUCGUAGUGGAAAUAGGUAUCGCCUCUUGUUUCAACAUCUAGGUCAUACACUUCCAUCAAAGGUUUUACAAAAGGAAGUUACUUCCCCAUUGGCCCAUAUUGUUGCGAAGAAAAGAGAAGAGAUUAAACCACAGGCUGAAUUUGCUCCUAUUCUGCCGCCAGCGUCGAAUUAUGAUCCAUUUUCUUCAACACCUGAUGAAAAUUUGUACAAUUUCCAUCCAUUUGUAUCAACGACACCUUUCUCAAUCACUGACCAAUCAAUUGAUUACUCAAUGGAUAGUUUAGCUCCGGACGUUCUCCGUCUUCUACUAAACACACAUGCUUAUGAAGAUGGGGCGCGAGUGGGAAAUGAUUUUGCAAAAGUGGGAAUUCUGUUUCGGGAAGAUGGAACGACAAAUGUUCCCUUCCUAUCCCAUCCUCCAUCAAACACUUUCCACGAUUUGCUAUCCGAUGAUCUCCCGAGACCGAUUUUUUCACCGAUUUGGGGCCCAACAACAAACAAUUUC